GCUCGCUCGCUGCUGGCUGGCUGGCUGGGUCACUCCGCUCACGGCUGCCAGCCCGGCUCGCCGGCCACACCAGCCUGCUGCCUACUCAACGCACACCGUUAUAGCCUGGCCUCCACGACGCCAACUGACCACUGCUCUCUCACUUGCUCGACUUUUGCAAGUGGUCGUCUCACCUCGUGUCGACCGACCUCUCGCUCCCAGCUGCUGCCCGCCCGCCCGCCACAGCCCAGCCACCAGCAACAAUGCUCACCGUCAACCAGGUCGCGCUGCUCGUCACCGGCGCGAGCCUCCUCGGCGGCAUCGCCCCGCUCAAGAGCCUCCUGCAGCCCCAUGUCCAGCUGAGCCCCGCCGUGAUCGGGUGGUCGAUCGCCGCGCUCGCGUGGGGGCUCGUCGCUCUCGGCCUCUCGACCGUCGUGCACACCCCGCUCGUGUUCAUGUGGAACUGCUUCUUCAAGCCCUUUGUCAAGGGCGAGAAGAACCACGAGGCGGGCGGAGACCAGAAGGAGAGCCUCGACAACUUUUACGCCGGCCAGGCUGACGUCUACGACUCGACCCGCGCCCACCUCCUCAAGGGCCGCGAGACCAUGCUCCAGCUGCUUGCCGCCCACCUCAAGGCCCAGCCCACCCCCCUCCGUUCCGACGGCACCGCCAAGCCCAAGAUCUGGGUCGACAUUGGCGGCGGCACCGGCUGGAACAUUGAGCAGAUGGACGAGUACCUCCCCCACACGUACUUUGACAAGAUCUACCUCAUUGACCUCUGUGAGCCGCUCCUCGACGUCGCCCGCCGCAGGUUCGCCGCCAAGGGCUGGAAGAAUGUGCACGUGCUCUGCCAGGACGCGUCGCGCUUUGUGCUCCCCGAGUGGGAGUCGGGAGAGCUCGACCCCCGCGGAUCGCUCACGGCCAUCACGCUGAGCUACUCGCUCUCCAUGAUCCCGCCCUUCUACCAGCUCCUCGACCGCUGCGACCAGGUUCUCGACCCCGAGCGUGGCCUUAUCGGUGUUGUCGACUUCUACACAUCGCGUGAUCUCGGCAUCAAGGAGCGCGCUAUCGGCACCCAGAGCAAGCGCGUCUCGUGGUUCUCCAAGUGGUUCUGGGAGUGCUGGUUCGAGUUUGACAAUGUCCACCUCCACGGCUCGCGCCGCGAGUACCUCGAGUACAAGAUGGGCACUAUCAAGCUGUACAAUGGCCGCAACAACUUCCUCCAGUCGUGGUUUGUUCAGAUCCCCUACUAUGUCUUCCUCGGCUGCUCUCGCCAGCGUGACGCCUCUGCUGCUUCGCGCGCAUUCGAGAUCGAGGCCGGCAACCACCUCGGCCAGGGCCGUGGCGGUCUCAUGACCCCCACCUCGCCCUUCUCCACCUCGACUCCCCUCUACUCGCCCGACCUCAAGACCAUUCCCGAGCUCACCAUCGGCCCCAGUGCCCUGGAGCGUGCGCAGGCGGCGCUCGAGAACGGCACCCACCAGCAGACCAUCUACGAGGCCGGCGCUCCCCUCUCGCCCUUCCACUACCAGCUCCGCAAGUCGUGGCGUCUCCCCUACCUCGAGGAGAAGAUCCACCAGCAGUUCCGCACCCACAUCUACGGCUGGACCUGGGAGGACCCCGAUGUCGACGUCAAGCGCCUCGGCAUCAACAAGGACGACCACGUCCUUGCCAUCACGUCGGCCGGCGACAAUGUGCUCCACUAUGCUCUCGCGGCCCAGUGUGCUCGUAUCCACGCCGUCGACAUGAACCCCUGCCAGGGCCACAUUCUCGAACUCAAGCUCGCGGCCAUCCAGACCCUCGACUACGCCGACUUCUGGCUCAUCUUUGGCGAGGGCCACCACCCCCAGUUUGAGCGCCUCCUCACCUCCAAGAUGUCGCCCUUCCUCUCGUCGCACGCUUAUGCCUACUGGAAGACGCACGCCGACCAGUUCAGCCGCAACUUCUACUUCCGCGGCUACUCGGGCUGGGCUCUCCGCCUCGCCCAGGUCGCCUUCUUCCUUGCCGGCGUCAGCGGCGACGUCAAGAAGGUCUGCAACGCCAACUCGGUCGACGAGCAGAUCCGCAUCUGGAACAAGCGCCUCCGUCCCGUCCUCCUCAACCAGGUCAUGCUCAAGGGCUUCCUCGGAAACCCCGUGUUCAACUGGCACGCGCUCGGUGUCCCCCGUAACCAGAUGAACUGCUUCCUGCAGGACGGUUCGGUCGCCGACUUUGUCACGUCCACCAUGGACCCCAUCCCGGCGCUCACCACGCUCAAGGAUGACAACUACUUCUACUACCUCUGCCUCAACGGCACGUACAGCCGCUCGUCGUGCCCUGCGUACCUCAAGCCCGAGGGCUUCAAGGCGCUCAAGGACGCCAAGACGAACAAUGCGUUGAAGCUGCACACCGACACCAUUAUCAACGUUCUCCGUGGUCUUCCCGAUGAGAACCUGACCAAGAUCAUCGUCAUGGACUCGAUGGACUGGUUCGACCCGAUCCCUCCCAAGACGCCUCUGCCGCCCACUGGCUCGACUGCGCUCGACGAGCUCGACCAGUCGCCAGAGGCGGCAUACGAGCACCUGCGCUCCGAGCUCGACUUCCAGAUUCUCGAGAUGCGCCGUGUGCUCCGCGUCGGCGGACACGCCGUGUGGCGUUCGGCUGCCAAGUACCCCUGGUACCGCCAGCGCUUUGAGCUUGCCGGAUUCAAGGUCGAGCCGAUUGACAUCCGCGAGAACAACCAGGCGAUUGACCGCGUCAACAUGUACGCCUCGUUCUGGCGUGCCGAGAAGGUCGCCGCUGCAUAAGCGCAGCGGUGCGGCCUACAACAGCGGUUGGACCUAGCCAAUCGUAACUAAAACGAGUAGAAGUAGUAAGAAGAGAGAGAGACAGAGUGCAGCAGUGUGCGUGUGCAGUAGUAUACAGAGUGAUACCCCCCUGCUAUGCAUUGAGAUAUCC